CCGAGGCCGUGCGGAAGAUCCCGGGACUCUCUGUGUGUGUGUGACCGCACGACUGAAAACAGGUGAGGUGAAGGUGAAGACUUCGGAUUUAUGUCUGCGAAGGGGUUGUGAGAGAUAGCUUCUCCGCCGACAGCGUCGCAAUGAAACUUUAAAAUGAAGUUGUCCACCUCGAAGAAUGACCUGGGUUGCAGGCGCUGUGGAAAAGCCCGGUGAUCCUUCGGUGUUGCAACUUUGAAACACAGGUUGGAGUGAAUCGGAUAUUUCUGGAAUAAAAAAGCAUGGAAAGUCUGGAGGAGGAUCUCACGUGUUCAGUGUGCUACUCGUUGUUCAGUGACCCUCGUGUUCUGCCGUGCUCCCAUACCUUUUGUAAAGGCUGUUUGGAAAAUGUUCUCCAGGUUUCUGUCAAUUUCUCUAUCUGGAGGCCGUUGAGAACCCCCCUUAAGUGCCCCCACUGCAGAAAUAUGGUGGAACUGCCCCCAACAGGGGUUGAAGCCUUGCCAACCAAUGUGUCUCUCAGAGCUAUCAUAGAGAAGUUUCAAAGGGACGACCAGUCCAAACCUCCCUCCUGCCAGGAGCACCCAAAGCAACCACUGAACGUGUACUGUCUCCAAGAUCGUCAGCUGAUUUGCGGAGUUUGUCUUACCAUUGGGCGGCAUCGGGGUCAUGCCAUUGACGACCUGCAGGCAGCCUUCAUGAAAGAGCAGGAGGCUCCAGGGACGCUCGUGGAGCAGCUGACUGAUAAGCGGUGGGCCGAGGUUUCCUUGUUAGCAGAAAAGCUGGAGCAGCAGAAAGCUGGAUGUGAAAACCUCAUCAGACAAGACAAAGAAUCCGUGGUGCUGUACUUUGAGAAGAUUAAACGGACCCUGGCGCAGAAGGAACGGGAGUUCCUGGCUGCUCUUGAUGAUGCAGGCGCUAAGCUCUCAAGUGAGUAUGACCCACUGCUUGAGACGCUUAAGGACAUGAAGGAGGAGCAGCUGGAGCUCAUGUCGUACAGUGCAGCAGUGGAGGAGGAAGACUCUCCCCUUCUUUUUCUGGAGAAGGUUCAUAUCUUCCGAGAAAGAGUUGCAGCUCUGAGUAAAGCACCCCUUCCAGUUGUUAAACCCUUGUACAUCUAUCCAAGGGCUGGGGAAUAUCUGAAACACAAGUGGUCUGGGAUUACUCUUGGGAACCUUGAAAGAGAGGAAAUACCACAAAUUAACCACUGUCAGGGCCAAGUUAUUUCCAGAAAUUUCAACAGACUACAAGCUUUGUAUGUCAGUAGGUCUGUGUUGGUGUUGCUUUUGCUCUUGGUUUUAUUGGGCAGCGCACUGAUUGGCGUUCAGCUCAGCCGGUACUCUGAUAUGUAUCAAAUUAAUGAAAUGAUUCAAAAUUAUGCGUGUGAAAUAACUGCCCCUUUCUAUUCAGGGAAGGAUGUGGCUGUUUAUUUCCAGUCAGUUUUGGUAGAUUUUAUCACAGUGUCAAGAUCAUUUUUUCAGCUGUAGGGGAAGUUGACUUAUACAUUGAUUUAUACCAGUUUUAAGACCUAAAGCGAGUUUUUAAGAAUAAUUUGUAACUGAAGGUCCUGAAAGCUGCUUGUUAAAUGAAAAUGAACUAUUUGGCAAGAGUACUGCGAUAUGAAGGCUAACAUCACAAAAUUGACAUAGGGCUGCCAGGGAUACAGUCAAGAUUAGCUGAGCUGGACAUUGGCAAAACAGCAACUUCCCCUAUUACAACAGGCUAGACCUUAUGUCAGUGAGAAAGGCCUGUGGAGUUUGCAGUGGAUCAAAAGAGGAUGAGCUUAACCACUGGGCAGGUUGGAAGAGUUUAUCUGACCAUUGCUAUUCUCCUGUCUAGUACAGGAGUCAUUGGUGCAAGAUGAGCUAGAGAUGGUUAGGAACAGUGUAUUAAGCACCUAUCUGCAUUCUUCCAUAAAUUGACCCUGAAACAACAAACAAGAAUUAAACAUCACCUUAGUAUGAAAGUAUAGGUGCACUAGUAUUUCGCACCCUAGAAUACUAGAAUAUUAUAGUGCUACAGAAAACAAUUGAAGUAGGUGAGUAAAACUUGUCAUUUUAUAGAUAACCAAGUAUUUAUCAGGGACCUAUUUAAUGAGCUGGUAAUAUAAAUUUUCUAUUGCUAUAUUAAUCUGAUCUGGGGUGAGUUUCCCAAAAGCGUUGUAGCACUAAGAACAUCGUAAACUCCAUCUUAUGAACGAUUGUUAAUUUAUGAGUGUUUCCCCAAAACCAUCAUAACUAAAGUAGCAUGUUAAAUCCUUCGUAAUCUAUGUGCUCCCCAACCCACUCAUUAAUUGCUAAGUGCUUCUUAAACUGGCUACCACUUGCGCCAACCUUUGCGACAGACGGAGAUCACCAGACAGAGCACAUUAAAUUCGCGUCAUGACAGUUCUCCGGAAAUUUAGAAUACUAAGAUAUAUACUUGACUGGAUGAUAUCAGGAUUUUCCUGAUGAAGUGUAGUAAUGCAUUAUUUAAGUUUAAAUCAGUGGGUUGGAGCGGUGGCUUGUAUCUCUAGCCUAAAAGGGCUGCAAUAGCAGAGGGUUCUCUGCAUUGAACGUACAGGUGUUUUGCAAUCACCAAGGACUUUUUACGGACCUUGUGGCAAUGUGGCCUGGGGGUACCCACGAAGCCUUGAUAUGGGCCAAUUCGGCAGUGUGUCAAACUGCAAAACACGGCGAGUUUGGUGGUGGAUGGCUACUGGGUGAUGGCAGGUAUCCCCUUCGUGCAUACCUGUUGACACCUGUAACUAACCCCCAGAGGGCGGCCGAAGAACAAUAUGACGCGGCACAUCGGCGAACCCGCAGCCUGGUGGAACGCAAUGUAGGUCUCUGGAAAAGUCUUCGUAAGUCAGCGGGUGGCAUCAGAUUUUCAACUCAGCGGUGCGGCGCUGUGAUAGUUGUGUGUGCGCAAUGCUGCACAACAUGGCUGUCGGAGCAGCCGUACCCCUGCCCAGUGAAGACAAGGAGGAUGAGGGCGAGGAAGAAGGGACGGAGUUUCCUGAUCUUACAGCAGAGGGUGUAUACCAGGCUGGUGUGGAGGCUAGGCAGGCCGUCAUCACUACCGUUUUUACAUAAUUAUUUAAUCAGUUGCAAGACUUUAUAUUUCAUUGUACGUGAGUUAUUCCCUGUAUAUUUGAGAAAUAAACACACUGUGCACAGUC